AGUUGUAAGAAUGUUUUCUUGUCUUUUCCACUAAAAUAAAUGAAUAAGAGAGUCAACUUAAUUUUUGCAGGUUAUAUUUUGUAAAAUAACUUUUCACAAGAUGAAGGUGGCUGAGAAGUUAAUUUGUUUCAUUUCCACUGGGAACAAUCUGGACUGAAAACGUAAUGUUUUGCUUUUGUCAUGCUGGAUGCUCGGCGAAGAAUUAAAAACGCAAGUAAGCAGCGCGAGUCAUGCACAAUUCAAUGCACACAUGACAUGACAUUCGACUUUAUUUUUCAACAGUGCUUUUUGAUUUCUUCCCGUUGCCUCGUUGUUCCACGUGAAAAAACUACAGGGAAGCGAACAACUUCACUGGCACAGGCAUUAUUACCCAUUGAGUUUGAGUCCGAUUGACAUCAUUGUCAUUGAUAUCGUCAUCGAAAGCUGUCAAGAGUCCAAGGAGACAUUGUCCACUGUACUUAACUAUUGUUGCGAUGCUGAGUGGGAAUGGCUGAAGGGUGUACUGAGGAAAACAGCCGAGGAGCUGGUAGUGUCCUGGAUGUUGCUCAACCCAGGCUGGCAGAGGGAGAAGACCUGGAGGAUCAGGUCAAUGAACUUAUUGCUCUGAAAGCCAUUUAUGAGAAUGAGGAUAUUGAGAUCUGUGAGCAUGAGAAUUCACAAAGAGAUUUGCCAGGUGGCAUUUUCAACAUUCCUAUCUUUCCACCUCAACCGUUUAAUGUGAAGAUCACAAAGGAUCUUGCCGGGAUCAAGCGGUUAGCAUUUUGGAGACUUGGCCGUCAUGCCGAAGCAGUGCGGGGCAGAGGACGUAGAGAAAGACAGCUUCUCAAAACUGACGAGAUCUACGAAAAAGCUAGGGAAAAAAUGGAAAGCAAUCGAGGAGGAGGAUCUGUCAGUGGUGACGAAUCAGAAAAAGCAGCACCAGAAGAACCCAAAUUGUACCCGGUGAAGCGCCUGCCCCCGGUGACCUUGACCUUUGCUUUCCCGCACGACUACCCAACUACUAGUCCCCCACAGUUCACCCUCUCCUGCUGCUGGCUGGACAAAAAUAGCUUAACAAAACUGUGCGAAAAGUUGGACUCCAUAUGGGAACAGUACCAGGGUACUCCAGUUGUAAUGAACUGGGUCUGCUUUCUGCAGGAGGAACUUGUGGAACAUUUAGGAUUGACGUCGCCAUAUGAUUUAGGGAGAGUUCUCACCCAUGUUUUUACGCAUCCUGCCAAGUCUUCCUACCCCGAGCACUAUCCUCCACCAUUGAAAAAGAAGCCAUUUGAUCAACGAGGCAUACAAACUUUUAGCAAUAUUGACGAAGUGCUACCUAAGGUGCUUGAUUUCAACCUUAUCACGUGUGAGGUGUGUUUUGAGGAGCAGGCAGGAGAGAAAUUCCUUCGCCUGGUGAGCUGCAGUGACCACACCCUGUGUAAGAGCUGCAUGGGUGGCUGGUUUGAGGAACAGAUUAAGGAGGGUGCAGUCAGUGACCUCACUUGUCCAGGGUACAAAUGUGACAAGUCGGUCCUUCCUACUGAGGUAGCGAGUGUUGUGAGCCCUGAGCUGUACCAGCGUUAUGACAGACUUUUGCUCAAGAAUGCGUUCGACGCGAUGAGAGAUGUUUCUCACUGCCCACGUCCUUUCUGCCAGUUUCCCGUCGUCAUGGACGACAACUUGGGACUGUGCCCAAAGUGCAAGCAUGCCUUCUGCGGCCGUUGUCAGAAUACUUAUCACGGUCACACACCCUGCAAGCUCAAAGCCGAUAUGUUUUCCACAAUAUGCAAGGAAUAUGAGACGAGCAACGCUUCUCGCAAACAAGAACUAGAGGUCAGGUACGGCAAACAGGUAAUCCAACGUGCACUGGAGGAGACGCGGUCCGAGCGAUGGCUGGAGUCCAACAGUAAACAGUGUCCCAACUGCAGCACCUUUAUCCAGAAAACGCUGGGCUGCAACCAGAUGAAAUGCACGAAGUGUGGUCUUCACUUCUGUUGGCUCUGUUCGCAGGCCAUCUCGCGCAGCAACCCGUACGGUCACUACAGUCAGCCGGGCAAGUGCUCGGAAAAACUGUUUGAGGGAGUGGACAUGGAACAGGAGGAACAGUACUGGCUGGCCAUUGAGGCACAGAUAGCUGAGGAGGAGGCUGCUCGGGCCCAGGAGGACGAGGAGGGAAAGUUUGACGAUGCCGAGGAGGUGGAUGAGUGGGGGGUGCCGUUGUGGGCUUGACAUCGUAGGCUGCGUGCAGACCCGCCCAUGUAGAUGUCAAUGGUGUCAGGCACAAAGGAGCCGAGUCUGAGGUUUCCUUAUUUCUUUAUUUAAAUACAUUUGUUUCCUUUACUAGAUAGUCCACGAGGUGUACUAAUAUCUAGCUUAAGGUCAUGUGCUGGUAAAUGAGGUUAAAUUAAAAACUCCUCAAGUCUUUUUACGUGCUUUUUUUAUAGAUUGUCUCCCUUUUCUUUCUUAGUCUGCCCUUUCCUUUCUGCUCACACUGGUCCUCUUGUUGAUUAUGCCACUAGCUAGUCAAAUUGUGUGGUCUGGAAUUCCGCUCUUUGCAACACCGCCGUCCGCCCUUCCGAACGCUUCUUCCGCCUUUUUUACGAGUUUCGUAUUAUAAUAAUGUUGUAGUAAGAAUAAAAAAACGAAUUGAACAAAAGACGAUAAUAAUGUAUAGUAAUGAUUUAUUUUCUUUUUGGCAGUGUUUGGGUAGUUAUUAUUUUUUUAAAAAAAUUAAGGUAACAAAUAAGACCUCAAACCCUUCCAAAAUAACCAGACUUAGCUAUUUUAUGCCUCGUUUUUAUCAAAAUGCCCCCGGACCCCCUAGUUUUCACCCUUUUUUGGGGUAUGCCAUUCUCAGCCCUGAAAAUUUUUGCCUAGGGCACUCUGGCCACAGCACAUUGUGCAGGCUUUUGUUGGCACUCUAUGUUGCUUUCCUCUCACGGUGUUGAAGUGUUUUCUCUGUGAGCCUUUCGUAUUUGGGCAGAGUGUGCUUAGCCAGCAGUCUUACCCAGAGGACUAUGAACAAACACUGAAUUUCAAGUUUUACAGGUAUUUAGACAAACAUUAACACUUUUCCACCACAUACAGUAGAGUGAAAAAACCCUUGGCUCCACAAACAUUAUGGGUGGAUGGCAGGAGAAAACAAGUGGGUUGACAAAAAUGUCAACUGCUCUAUUACAUAUGCAUUUACCACCAUGAAAAUAUCAGGAUGGCAGCACAAGUGGAUGAGGUUUCUUGUUGUGAAAAAAAAAAAAA